AUGGUCCGGGUCCGGGCCGGUGGCGGGCUGGUUGGUCCGGUCAUUGGGUAUGUGGGCUGUUGGGCUCAUGUGGGAUUGAUUUUUCGUUCUCACUUAACAGGUAAAUCACCAGACCUUGAAUCCACGGGGUCUGGCACAACCACAAAGCGAUCAAGCGUCUCAUCAGGAAGCCGUUCUCGCACCCGACGAGACUUCCUCGCCAGGUUCACCGACACCGAGCGUUUCACCAACAGCCUCCAAGACUGGUUCGCUUCCUUGUUGCCACUAGACAACAAGGACGGACCGGUGUUCGAGUCUCCUUUCGAGCUCGUCGAGCUCCAGAAGUUCGACUACGCCUUGGAAGGCGUCUCUUUCCAGCAGCUGACUCGGAUGCCUAACGCUGUCUACGCUUCCACCUCCGCUUCUGUAGAAGCGAACGCUUAUCUAGCGGUGGAGGAUUUCUUACACGGGACGGUUAAGAGCUUGUGGGAGGCGUUUUGGAGCCAGGAGGAGGAGGAGCCUGUUCCUUUCUCUGUAGGUUGUUUGUACAAUCAGAAUCUAAGGUUUUACCACGCGGAGCAAGCGUUAGCUCUCGGGAAGCUCGAGGAUCUUUCCGCGACUGGGGUUCUGCUUAAAAAUCCACGUCAUCCGCACGGGAAGUGGGAUCACAUUCUCGAGCUCGCUCUUCUAACCCCUGACAUUGAGAGUAGUGAUCAUCAUCAUCAUCCAACGCCUUCGUUGCCUGUCUUAGGUGAAGCUCUUUUCUACGCUUUACGCAUACUCAUAGCGAGAAGCGUGAGCCGUUUGGAUUUCUCUCAAAGCUCAAACUGUGUCUUCGUUCUUCUCGUCGAUACACAACACGGAGGCGUUGUGAGAGUGGAAGGGGAUGUUAGUAAACUAGAUUUCGACGUGAGCAGUGUUUACGACUGCGCUGCUGAGUGGGUUCAGAAGCACGCCAAGAUCUCGGUGUCGCCGGUCGACAGGGUAUGGAACAAGCUGGGGAAUGCAAACUGGGGAGACAUCGGUGCUUUGCAGUUGGUUUUCGCCACUUACCAUAGUAUAAUGCAGUACUUUGGACCGCCUAGGCACUCCAUUGAAGACUUAGCCGCUGACCAUACCUCUCGCCUUCACUCGAGAAGACAGGAGAGGCAGUUAGGAGGGGAUGAUGCUAGUGUUAACGAAAACAACGGUAUGUUUAGGUUCCAGCAAAGAACCAUGUCUCCUGAAAUUGUAGAAGUUCAAGAAGAAGAAGAAUCCAAAAUUGAGCGUGAAGGAGACUCUAUGAGACUUGAAGUUGGAUCGGUUCUGUGGUUGGAGGAUACAAACUAUCAAAAGGGGUAUCAGAUUAACCGAGUGUUGGCUAAUGCAACUUUUAUCGCUUCGCCGGUGGAUGAAGCAGGAGGAGAGUCUGUGUUUCUGUACGUUGGUUCUCCUCCUUCCCAGCUUGAGCCACCUUGGGAAGACAUGAACCUGUGGUAUCAAGUACAAAGACAGACUAAAAUAUUAAGUGUCAUGAAACAGAGAGGGCUUUCUAGCAAGUACUUGCCGGAGCUUCAUGGGUCUGGUAGGAUCAUUCAUCCAGGACAGUGUCAGAAACCAAGCUCAGGAGGGAGAUGUGAUCAUCCUUGGUGUGGAACUCCCAUUCUUGUCACCACUCCCGUCGGCGAGACGGUGGCUGAUCUGGUGAAUGAAGGAAGGUUUGGACCAGAAGAAGCUAUCAGAUGUUGCCAUGAUUGCUUAUCUGCACUCUCUUCCUCCUCUUCAGGUGGGAUUCGCCACGGUGAUAUCCGACCGGAGAAUGUGGUUUACGUCACUUCUGGUGUGAGACAUCCUUACUUUGUGCUGAUUGGUUGGGGUCACGCUGUGCUGGAGGACAGAGAUCGACCGGCGAUGAAUCUUCACUUCUCAUCUACUUAUGCACUCCAGGAAGGGAAACUCUGUGGUGCAUCAGAUGCAGAGAGCUUGAUUUACAUGCUUUACUUCUGUUGUGGGGACUUAUUGCCUGAUUUGGAUUCAGUUGAAGGAGCUCUUCAAUGGAGAGAGACCUCUUGGUCUAAAAGAUUGAUACAGCAGAAGCUUGGUGAUGUCUCCACCAUUUUAAAAGCCUUUUCUGACUACGUUGACAGUUUAUGUGGGACGCCGUAUCCUUUGGAUUAUGAUAUUUGGUUGAGAAGAUUGAAGAGGAACCUCUCAGAAGAUCAUGGGAAAGAAGUUGAAACUUCAGGCUAAGCAAGCUCUCUCAUCAAUCUAGUAAUUGGGAGGUCCUUAUAUUAAACAUUCUUUCAGGUGCUCUCUCUCUGCUGCUUUAACCUGACCGAGACUGGAAAGCUUCACGAGAUGAGACGGUUUUGCACAAGUCUGAGACCUUGUUCUGUUCUUGUACAGGAUCUUUGGAAUGGAUUAGAUUAUGUGUUUGCCCUCCGUUGUUAAUGUUUUGUUCCUUCUCUUCUGUAUUAUUAUUAUUAUUAUCAUCUUGAGAAUUGAAUUCUCUAUUAUUUUUCAUUGUAA